CAGGAGGCGGGGCUGCUCAGUCCUCGCGGCGUCGGUGCUCAGUGGUGUUGGAAUUUUGUUGCUUGCUGGCCGAGCGCGCGUGCGCGGACAUGGCCUCAAACGACUAUACCCAACAAGCAACCCAAAGCUAUGGGGCCUACCCCACCCAGCCGGGGCAGGGCUACUCACAGCAGAGCAGUCAGCCCUAUGGACAGCAGAGUUACAGUGGUUACGGCCAGUCAGACACUUCAGGCUAUGGCCAGAGCAGCUAUGGUGGUUCUUAUGGACAGACCCAGAACACAGGCUAUAGCACUCCGUCAACUCCCCAGGGAUAUGGCUCAACUGGUGGCUAUGGCAGUAGCCAGAGUUCCCAGUCGUCUUAUGGGCAGCAGUCCUCCUACCCUGGCUAUGGCCAACAGCCGGCUCCCAGCAGCACCUCGGGAAGUUACAGUAGCAGUUCCCAGAGCAGCAGCUAUGGACAGCCCCCAAGCGGGGGCUAUGGCCAGCAGUCUGGCUAUGGUGGACAGCAACAAAGCUACGGGCAGCAGCAAAGCUCCUAUAAUCCCCCUCAGGGCUAUGGACAGCAGAGCCAGUACAACAGUAGCAGUGGUGGCGGAGGGGGUGGUGGAGGUAACUAUGGCCAAGAUCAGUCCUCCCUGAGUGGUGGCGGUGGUGGUUAUGGCAGUCAGGACCAGAGUGGUGGCGGCUACGGGGGAGGCCAGCAGGACCGUGGGGGCCGCGGCAGGGGCGGUGGCGGUGGUUACAACCGCAGCACUGGUGGCUAUGAACCCAGAGGUCGUGGAGGUGGCCGUGGAGGCAGAGGUGGCAUGGGCGGAAGUGACCGUGGUGGCUUCAAUAAAUUUGGUGGCCCUCGGGACCAAGGAUCACGUCAUGACUCCGAACAGGAUAAUUCAGACAACAACACCAUCUUCGUGCAAGGCCUGGGGGAGAAUGUUACAAUUGAGUCUGUGGCUGAUUACUUCAAACAGAUUGGUAUUAUUAAGACAAACAAGAAAACAGGACAGCCCAUGAUUAAUUUGUACACAGACAGGGAAACUGGCAAGCUGAAGGGAGAGGCAACGGUUUCUUUCGAUGACCCACCUUCUGCUAAGGCAGCUAUUGACUGGUUUGAUGGUAAGGAAUUCUCUGGGAAUCCUAUCAAGGUCUCAUUUGCUACGCGCCGAGCUGACUUCAAUCGGGGUGGUGGCAAUGGUCGUGGAGGCCGAGGGCGAGGAGGACCCAUGGGCCGUGGAGGCUAUGGAGGUGGUGGCAGUGGUGGUGGUGGCCGAGGAGGAUUCCCCAGUGGAGGUGGUGGCGGUGGAGGACAGCAACGAGCUGGGGACUGGAAGUGUCCUAAUCCUACAUGUGAGAACAUGAACUUCUCUUGGAGGAAUGAAUGCAACCAGUGUAAGGCCCCUAAACCAGAUGGCCCAGGAGGUGGACCAGGAGGCUCUCAUAUGGGGGGUAACUAUGGAGAUGAUCGUCGUGGUGGCAGAGGAGGCUAUGAUCGAGGCGGCUACCGGGGCCGUGGUGGGGACCGUGGGGGCUUCCGAGGGGGCCGGGGUGGUGGGGACAGAGGCGGCUUUGGCCCUGGCAAGAUGGACUCUAGGGGUGAGCACAGACAGGAUCGCAGGGAGAGGCCGUAUUAGCCUGGCUCCUGAGGUUCUGGAACAGCUUUUCUUCCUGUACCCAGUGUUACCCUUGUUAUUUUGUAACCUUCAAUUCGUGAUCACCCAUGGGUUUUUUGUGUCGGACUACGUAAUUGUAACCAUACCUCUGGUUCCCAUUAAAAACCAUCGUUUUAGUUAAA